UUGACGCUCAGUCUCAUUUCCGGGAUCGGUACUGAGCUUAUACUGUGAGUUAGUUCGCAAUUUAUUUCAAGAUAUUGGUGUUUUUGUGUUUCAUUUAUUAUGUAUAUCUACGAAAGAUUGCUCGGUAACAAAUAUCAUAACUUGACCAUUUCUAUGUAACUAUUUUGUGGAAUGGUUUUGUUUCGGUAAUCUAACACAGUGUCUAAGAUAGUACAGCUGUAUAAUUCAUGAUAUGGCUUUUUGUUGUAGCAAUUAUGCCAUGGUUUGGAAGGUUUUUGAAGGGUAAAGUUAUUAAAAAGAGUCUGCAAAGAUUAAAUUUUACUUUGUUCUGAAAAGGGGAUUGGAGUAUUUGAAGGUUUUUUGGAGUGCGAGUAAAAUAACUGGAAAUUUAGGCGAGAAAGACAUGGAUUUUUGUUAUCUUCUCUUUUUUGGUAGGAAAGUGACUGGCUAGUGUUGGUUUUGAUUAAGGCAAAUGUGGGUACUACUGGCUGAGGUAGAUUGGUAGCAAAUUAGCAUACAAUAUUUGUGCAAAAUGUGGGAACUUGUUGACCAAUUGGCUGUAAUCUUCUCUAAGUACACGUCUUUUAGAGAGGUAGGUGGAUGGGUAGAUAAAUGCGUACAUCCCUCCAAGUGGUUAAGUGGAUUUUGUGUGUUGCCUUGUUUUACAAUGCUAGUAGUUUUGUUUCCUUGCUCCUUAUUUGAUUGGCUUGGUUAGUAUUUUUAGGUCUCUAGAUGCCCUUGUUAAUGCAUGCAGUGUUUCAUCUUUUUAUUUUUUAUGUUUUAUUUUUUUUUGUGUUUAUCUAACCAAAAGGUCUAAAAAAGAGCAACCACUGUGCAUCCCCCUAGUGAUUUAGUUUUUUGCUCUUUCCAAAACUUGAAAUAUCGAUUUCGAAUUUAGCCAUGCUAGAAGAAGGAUGUUUCAACCGCAUUUUUAACUAUGUAGGACCCAUUUAUACAGACAAGUCUCAAUUACAUUUAUACAGACAAGUCUCGUUUUGUCUCACAAAUGGAAAUAAUUCCUCCCACCCAUUAGAAAGUAAAAACCUGUCCAAUCUGUAACACAAAAAUUCUUCUAAAGACUCGACCAAGUGCAUCUUGCAUUUGACAAUCGUGGAUCAAUUGGCCUACUCUCCCACAAGCACCUUAUUAAUUCUUGGCCUACUUGGACUAUAAAUCUUUGUCAACAACCCCUCACUAUAAUUCAAAAUUUUCAAUUAAUUGAGAUUGUAAAUAUUCCAACAGGCACGUUCGAUCCUAUGACCAUCCUUUCGUUACAAAUAAUUAAAUACUUACAGAUCUCUCCCAAUAUGGUAGAAAAGUCCACUUUAAUGACUAACUUCCCACACAUUAGUAAUAAGUAUUCUACCAAUUGAUUCUUAGUUAGAGCCUGGUGUAGGAACCAUUUUGUUUUCAAUUUGGAGAUAUGCUCUCUCUGACACAUGUUACCAUGAAAUUCCAUAUCGAUUCAUCAAUACUAUCAUUAUCAACGCCUCUUCUACCCAAUGUUAUUUAAAGCGUAAGGCGACUCGAGGCACUAAGAUCUCCUAAGGCCUAGGCGAGAUGCAAAGCUAAGGGCUAAAUAUUCAAUUUUUAACUUUUCAAAUGCUAAAUAUUGAAAUGCAACAAAAAACAUAAAUAUCCAAAUUCAAACAAGCACCAAUAAUAUCUUAUAUUCUUACCAUUUGAAAACACAUAAGAUAUAAACCGAAUUGUUAGAGCAACUAAACAUUUACUAAAUGCUUCUAUCAAUCCUAAAGACCUCAAAAUUAUCCUCAUCACCAAAUAAAUCAUUUUCUUAUUUGUUACUAUAUUUGUUUUCUUCUGCAUCAUCCUCCUCUACCUCAUUCAAAGCCAUUCUUGCUUAUCUAUGAGUGAAAAUGUAUUCAAUGAUCUUGAAACCCUUGUUGUUGUCCUAAAGGUUGAUGUUGAUCUAGUUCUUUGGCUACUUUUUGCAACUCCAGCAGAAGCUCAAGCAAUAUCACAUGAAGUCAAAGAAUCAUGAUCAAACAUGGGCUUAUUAUCUUCAUCUGAUUUUUAGUCCAUUCUUCCAAGCAAAUUUUUAGGUUAAAGGCAUAUAUAUAUAUAUAUACCAAAUUUCUUUUCCAAUUGAGUAGAUCAAGUGCUUCAUAAAAUAUCAACAAAGUUAGAAAAAAUAAAUAGUGAAACACUCACCUGUGUCUCCUUUCGCGCAAAUGUAAGACACUCAUAGUUUUUCUUAACUAGCCUUUCUCAACUCGAUUUUGCCUUGUUUGAAUUGCCUUGUCUGACACCAUUCUAGUUGUACAUACCAGGCCUUAGCUCGCCUAAUGACUAGACAAGUGCCUUGGCGCGCUUUUGACGACAUUGUUCCUACUUACAUAUUCAGCAAUGAAUGUAAUAUCAUCCACCCUCAGUUCUUCCAAACUUCUUUCCCUAUUUUGCAACAUUGUUCACAUCUUUUACAAAUUCAGCUUGGAUAGUCUGUCCACCUCCAUUUUAAACCUUUCAAAUUAAUCAAACCAAUUCUACCUACAUUGCCCUACAAUGUUGUCACUCUAAUACAUUCUUCUCUUCUAUUUCAUACCAUUUCAACCCAUGCACAGUACGAAUUAUCCUAUAACUUGUUGGAAAAAGAAAAACCUAGUGUUCUUCCAUUUCAAAGUUUCUCAAUGGAUUCCCCAACCAAUGAUGGAUUCCCCUAAUCAAUGUGCACAACCCAUUUUCAUCAAAAAUGGGAAAGAAUCUCUCUCUCUCUCUCAUGUGAACAGCCUUUGGCCAUUCAAUUUCUUAUCCACUUCCAUCAAAAAUGAUUUUUGCUCAAUCCUCACCUUUUUAUAGAUGUUUAUCUUGUUCCACGGUCAUCUUGUGCCUGCAUCUCUGUUAGGAAAUUAUGUAAUCGGUAAAUUUUGUGAGUUCCAUGUAAUGUAUUUCAACUAAAUCCAAAAGGUCAUGAUGUUUAUGAAGAUGGAGACUGAAGCAAGAUUAGAAAAAGAAGUUCAAGCUUCGUGAUACAUUCAAAGACUUCUUGGAAUCCAUCAAGUUUAGGCGAGGUACUAGACCUUAGUGACCUUGGAUUGGUUUUAAUUUUAGUGUAUAAAAUGGAUUUAGAUUCGAAUUUGCACUUGUUUUGUUAUUAAAAUAUUUUUUGAACUUGAAAGGAUGAUUUUGAAACAUUAUUAGAGUCAUGACUUGGAGUUUUGUUGAGUAACUCCUUUUUGGGACUCAAAAGGUUGAGUUUUUACUUGGUUUUAGACUUAACAACCAGUGGAGACUGCCUAAUAAUCCUUGGCCUUGCACUCGAUCGGUCCCUGUUAUGGUAGGAGUUAUUGGAAAUUUUCUAUAGACCUCGCUUGAUGGUCACUUGAGCGGUCUCCCUUUGAAUUCCAAUAGAGAAGACGACUUGAGCAGUUUGUCGAAAAAUUGAGUUUGCUUGUUUUCCAAUUAAACUCUACUUUUGACGCUCAUGUAUGUGGGACCGUAUUUUUACACCAUAAGGGUUCCGAGAGAGGUAAGAAAAGAGAGAAAAAACUAAAGAGAAGAACCUUAGUCUUCCCAAACCCAAAAGGCCAUCUCGACGUAGAUCAUUCUAGUGAUUUGGCUUAGAUUAUUCAUGAGAUAGAGAGAGAUCUUGUAGAACACCCAUAAACUUUCACCAAUUUAGAGAUAUUUGGUGGAUUCCAAGAUUAAAGGAGGAUUCCAAGGUUGAAGAAGGAGUAUUUCAAUGCUUGAAGAAGAAGGAUUCCUUGGCGGAUUGUGGACUCAGUUCGUGGAGCUAAUCUCAAGUGUUCAAGAGUUCGUGGUGGAUUCCAGAGUUGAAGUUCAAUACUAGAAAACAUCUAAUCAUAGAAUUAGUUGAGGUAUGAGUCUUUGAGUCUUAUAACCUAAUUUGAAGCUUAAGGGUCCGUUUGAUUAGAAAGAAAUUGAUGAUGCAAAGUGCAAACAGUAGAAAGUGAAAUAAAAGAAAGGAAAUGGAAAGAGAAAUUUAUUUUCUUGUAUGCAUUUUAUUAAAAUGAAAAGUUUGCUAAAAGAAUAUAGAAAAAUUGGUGUAAGUACUAAAUUAUCCUUAUCAUACCAAACUAACACAUACACAAUGAUAGAAAUUACAAUCUGGGCACAAUAAUGCAUUUGAUUACAGAAACACAUCGAGAAUUUUGCUAUAUUAACCUAGAACUAUUUGACCGCAUAUAUUAUAUCUUCUGUUAAUUAAACCCGGUGCUUGGUUAAUAUGGGUAAGUAUGUGUGGAACAUUACGUCACCUUGGUUUUGUGAAAAUUUGGGCGUGAGUCUUAUUUUGCUGUAUAGCUUUGUUGCCAGCUUCUUGUUUGCAUGGUGCAAGGAGAAGAGGAGAAGAAACCAAUUGUGGGCAAAGGCGUAGAAUGUGGGCUACCUAUGGCUGGAAAAAAUGUUUUUCCACUGCUUUUGCAAGGAACCAAAAGCUAGAUUUACAAGAAAAUUUAGUUGACCCCGCACACUACUUUCCUGUAUUUUGUACCAGUUUUUUUCUAAACAAACAUGGAAAAAAUUUAAUUUUUUUCUCAUUCUUGUAUUUUCGACCAUUUUCUUGUUAACCAAACAAAGCCUAAUGGAUUAGUUUAGCAGGACUAAUUCCCAUGGUUUUUUACCAGGAAGAGUUUUCCACAUUAAAAAUUGCUUGUGUUUUGGAUGCAAGAUUUCUUGUUUUAUCUUUUUGAACUUGCAAUUUUUAUGAUCCAUUAAGUUGUUCUCCUUUGUGAGUGUUUGUUUGAAAUUGGGGAUUUUGGUGUAAUUGCACAUUAGUUGCAUAUAGGUGUUGAAUAGGUUUUAAUUUGGGCCUAAAUUCUGCGUUGAGUGUAUAAAAGUUAUUCACCCCCUUUCUAGGUCAUUUAUACACCAGAUUUCAGCGUUGGGGUACAUUCAUUUGCACAUGCAAUCUCAAAUAAUUGGUGCUUUUGGGGUGCAAGUUACAUUGAUUCUUCUGAUUUGUGGAAAAUUUUGGAUCUAUGUUAAACACAGUCAUGCUCUUUUUCUUAAAUAACUUGGUAAGGAAGCAAAUUAUUUGGAACUAAAGUGUAUUGAAACCCCACUUCCUCCAUCCUUAACCACCACAUUGUCUUAAAAAAUUCUUGUGUUCUUUUCUAAGCCUAUAGCCCCAAAAAUUUCCAACCCCACAUAUAUCCUAAAGAACAAGCUUUCUUAUUCAUUCCAAAACCAUCAAUCUCAUUCACAAAGAUCGGAUCGCAAGAAACUGGUAAUACACCAGAUCUCCACCAGCAUGAAUUGCGUUCUCCAUAAUAUUGAAAAUGGUAAACAUUGCAUCCGGAAAGUGUAGGAGCAGAUGAUCAAGAGUCUCAUCACUCUUCCUGCUCAUAAUACACCAGUAUGAAUAAAGGGAAUAACGGGAUCUUCUUAUCUAAAUCAAAUCAUUAAUAUUGAGUCCCUUAAGAAAUUAUUCAUGUGAAUACUUAAACUUGAAGUGACACUUUUGCUUUCCAAAUCAUUUUAGUGUUUCAUCCUGUAACCUUCCAUGACGUUUCCACUUGAGGAAUUUCCUGUACUGCUACAAGCUUACAAUUCUCAUAAAAAUUGAGUUCGAAGCCAUUGACUGAAUUGUUAUUAUUUUUCUCAAGUCCUUAAGAGUUUUGGUCAUAAGGCCCUAUUCCACCCCUUAUCAUAGUGAAAACCAUUUUCUAGGACAGUUGCCAUGAAGAAGCUUAAUAUCUUUGGCAUUCAUGGAUAGAGAACCCAUUCCUGUGGUAAAUGCAUCUUCUAUAAUUAUGCAAGUAUGUUCCCUUUUAUGCCCCUUUUGCUCUUGCAAUCUGGAGUCCACUGUCUGAUUGGAUGCAAUCAUUUAUGGGCGUCCAUGUAGUUUCUGAGUUGAGGUUCCCUGGCCGUGUUACUAUGUGAUCCCUCUCAGACUCAGGAGACAGGAUUAGAAACUUUCUAUUGUGAUUCUCUCCAUAUAAGAUUUGAUAAAAGAUUAAGCUGAUUACAUUGAUAUGGAUUCUUAUCCAUGAUGACUUUGGGACUUACCUUUCUUCCUCAUUCUGUGGUUUUGUUGUGGUGUCUACACUGGGUUCAGUUGGGAACUUCAGUGAGUUGGGGUAUUAGCGGAAGUAAUGGGCUUAAGGGUCAUGCUCCUUUCAGUUUCUAGAUUGACAGAUAUGCGUGGUUUUUAUGGCAGAGUUAUUUGCAUUGUUGUUUGGCUUUGACAGAGGUGACCUUCGAUUAUUUUUUGCAUGGUAUUUUGGAGGUGGAUAAAUAUAAUUUCAAUAUUGGGGUGGUCCUUAUUUUUCCAUAGCCGUUGAUGGUGUUAAUUGUUCAUAUUGAUCUAAAACCACUUAUGGUUUGUGUUGUUAUAUUUGAACUAUAAUGGGGUAAAGUGCUAAGAGAUGCAACUAUGAGGGUAAAAAUAUAAUUUGUCCUUUUUAUUUUCGUAACUAAACUGAUACAUCUUCAGCGUCCAUCUUUAAUGUCCAAAAUUCUUUGGUAUGGACUUAUUUUAUUUUCAAUCUGAUCUGGUAGAUGUCUCGAAGGUACGAUAGCCGUACGACGAUCUUCUCCCCAGAAGGUCGCCUCUAUCAGGUUGAGUAUGCUAUGGAAGCUAUUGGAAAUGCAGGAUCUGCCAUAGGAAUUCUGGCAAGAGAUGGAGUUGUCUUGGUUGGUGAGAAGAAAGUAACUUCCAAGCUCCUUCAGACCUCAAAAUCAACUGAGAAGAUGUACAAAAUUGACGAUCAUGUAGCAUGUGCUGUGGCAGGAAUUAUGUCUGAUGCGAAUAUUCUGAUCAACACUGCCAGGCUCCAAGCUCAGCGCUAUACUUUCACUUACCAAGAACCUAUGCCUGUUGAACAACUAGUUCAGUCUCUAUGUGACACCAAGCAGGGCUACACACAGUUUGGUGGGCUCCGACCUUUUGGAGUUUCAUUUCUGUUUGCGGGGUGGGAUAAAAAUUUUGGCUUCCAGCUUUACAUGAGUGACCCGAGUGGCAAUUAUGGUGGUUGGAAGGCUGCAUCAAUUGGAGCUAAUAACCAAGCGGCACAGUCAAUGCUUAAGCAGGACUAUAAAGAUGAUAUCACUAGGGAAGAGGCUGUACAGCUUGUACUCAAGGUACUCAGUAAGACGAUGGACAGCACAAGUCUUACUUCAGAGAAGCUUGAACUGGCCGAGGUUUUCCUUUCUUCUGGGAAAGUAAAGUACCAGAUAAUGUCGCCCGAGUCCCUGAGUCAGUUGCUAGUGAAGUCUGGAUUGACCCAACCUCCUGCCGAGGCCUCUUAG